GCUUGGCGGAGGCGAAGAGCGGAGCAAAACCGCCGAGCGGAGGGCGCGGCGGAAGAGUCGGUCGGCUCUCUGCUGCUGCCCCUUCGCCGUGCCGAUUUCCCGGGGCCGCGUGAAGCAGGGGCAGGUCGGCGAUGGCGUCCAUGGCGGCGGCAAUCGCCGCUUCUCGUACGGCGGUCCUGAAUGGGAACCGGCCGCUGGACGAGCGGGAACGUAAGCGCUUCAGCUACUUCUCUUCGCUCAACCCCAUGGCUCGCAAAAUCAUGGCGGAGAAGGAGCGCAUCCGCGAACGCUACGGGCCAGACUGGGAGCGGCUGCCGCCCCGCCAGCAAGACGAGAUUAUUGACAAGAGCCUGGUGCAGCCCAACAUCCAGGCCCGGUACGCGGCUCACCGAGGGGCAGCCCGAGACAACCCGCCUCCGGUCUGCUACCCGAACCUGCGCCUCAAUACCGGCCAGAAGGUAGUGCGCUUCGGGGACGAGGAUAUCACCUGGCAAGAUGAGCAUUCUGCUCCUUUUUCUUGGGAAACGAAGAGUCAAAUGGAAUUCAGUAUUGCUUCUCUGUUGAUCCAAGAGCCAGGGGCUGCAGCACCUCAGCACGAACAGAAACAGCCUAGCAAAACCGCACCUGGCCCCCCAGCUCCCAAACCUUCCCAGGGUGGUAAACCUCAAAACUCAGAUGGGCUUAUACCAGCCAAAAAAGAAGAGGAGUCCUCAUUUUGGAAGAUCAAUGCUGAGCGCUCCAAAUACGAAGGGGAACAGUCUGAGUUCCAUUCGCUAACCCCAAGCCAAAUUAAAUCCAUGGAGAAAGGAGAGAAAAACCUCCAGCCUUAUUACAGGCAAGAAUCUGGUCCAAAAGAAGCAAGUAAAGCAGAGAAGCCUAGUGCUCCUAAGCCUGAAAAAGCGAUCGCCCCAGUUGUUCCCACCACACCUGUAGAAUGGGAAAAGCCUCUCUCCAGCCAACCUGCAGUUAGUGCCUUUGAUGCUCAUUCUGACCCUGCAGAGAAAUUGUCAUCUGCUGCAACCCAAAAGGAAGAUGCCCAAAGCAAUUUUGUUCCAGAUUUACAAGGAUUUGGCCAGAGUAAUGCAAAUAAUGCUAUCCUGAAGACGGGAUUUGAUUUUCUGGACAAUUGGUAGACAAAAACAAUCCUUCAGUUGGUUUUGGAGAAAGAUAAAAGAGCAUCUCUCUCUCCAUUUUGUCUUUUGGUUUCUGUUAUUGGUUUUUCUGUGUGUUUUUUAAACUUUUUCCCGGUUCUUUUUUAAUGUUGCCCUUUGUACUAAUACUUUUUUGUAAAAACCUGAUGAGUAUUUGUAUUUUGAAGUGAGCCAGUGUUAGAAGGGUGGGCAGGUUUUUUGGUCUUUUAUUAAUUGCAAUUCUGCACAUCAUAUUUGAUGAUCAACAAAGAAUAUCUUGCCUAAUAUUUGUAUGUAUGCUAAGGAAAAAGUGUGCAAUCUAAUUAGAGAGCAAAUGAAGCCAUCUGAUAGAAUACCCAUAUUUAUUUUACACAUGAAUGCCAACAGCUAAUUGGCCACCAUCUGUAUACAUUUGUUACAAGAAGAUAACUUUAUAUCAAGCACAGAUAGAUUUUAAUAUCAUCUGUCAGAGCCUUGGCCGGUAUGUUCUAGGUUCUGAAAUUAGUGGUCCAAAACAUUUUGUGAACACCAUAUGGUCUUUUCCUAAUAGAUGGAAGCACAAAGUCCAAAGACUAAAAUUUAGCACAUCUCUUUCAAAUUUAUUGUGCAGGAUAUAAAUCUGCAGACAUCUACAUGCUUAUUUUUACAUUAGCCUAUGACCCUUGACUCAGUUG